AUGGCGGUGGAGGACCCCAUUCUGUGUAAUGGCAGCACAAAGGGUAAUGUUACCCCCACGGUGCCCUCCCAGCAGGCACAGUACAUCAAUACCAGCAGCAGCAGAAUGGAGAGACACAUCUGGAUUAUCUUCAUUUGGGCGUCUCUUUCAGAGACCUUCAACAUCGACACUGAACAUCCACUGAGCUUUAACGGCACGCCGGAAGAUUUCUUUGGUUACAGCGUUUAUCAGACUAAGUUUGGAAACAGGAAGCAGAUCAUUGUUGGAGCUCCAUUAGAAGGAAACUCAACAGGGGAGAUGUACAGCUGCACCGCAGAUCUACAGUCCUGCAAACGACUGCAGCGGCCAGGUUUGACAGGUUUAGAGAGCGUCCUCUUCUUCGGCAUGUCUGCUGCUGUGUCUUCUACUGCUCUCACUAGCUGCAGUCCGUAUGUUCCUCAUGAGUGUGAUGGAAACUCGUAUCUGAACGGUGUUUGCUAUCAGUUCAACAGCAGCUUACAGACUGUCUCUAACUUCACUGCUGCUUACCAAGAAUGCACCAAGAGAGGAGUCAAUCUGGUGUUUCUCUUUGAUGGAUCCAGCAGUAUGAAACAACACGAGUUUGAAAUGAACAAAAAAUUCAUUAAAGAUGUUAUGAAAAAACUUUCAAACUCAUCCAUAAAGUUUGCUGCUGUCCAGUUUUCAGGAGAUGUACGAACUGUGUUUGACUUCAACGAUUAUCAGAACGGCUCUGCUGAAGAGAAACUCAUGAAAGAGAAACACAUGAAAUCUCUCACAAACACAUAUAAAGCAAUCAACUUCAUUCUAAAGGAUCUGCUGAAUAGUGUGUCGUCUGGAGCCGAUCCCAAUUCUCAGAAAGCUCUGGUGAUCAUCACAGAUGGAAAACCCACUGAUAACGAUGAUUAUAAUGUGCUAAACAGAUGUGAUGAGCAGAAUAUCCUCCGUUACAUCAUCGGGGUGGGAAACGUUGAAUUAACUGGACUCACUCAGCAGGCAUCAGAACCAAAACAUAACAACACCUUCUACAUUGAAAACUACAGUGGACUCGGAGGACUUCUUGACAACCUGCAAAAAAAGAUCUACAAUAUUGAAGGGUCAAAGGAUGCUCAAGGCAGAGACAGACAGAAAGAGUUAUCACAGAGUGGAUUCAGUGUCGUCUACCAGGAGGACUCUGUGAUCGUGGGUUCGGUCGGAUGGAAUGACUGGCGUGGAGCUCUGUAUGAAGUGACAGGAUUAGGAUCUGAAUUCAGACAGACAGAGAUCAUCAAUCUAGCUGUAAAUAAAGACUCGUACAUGGGCUACUCUACUGUGCUGGGAAUGAGACGCGGCGUCUCUCUUCUGUUCUCUGGUGCACCGCGGGCCGAACACAGGGGUCUGGUGACCCUCUUCACCAAGAAUGAAAGCACAUGGACAGUGAUGCGCAACAUCAACGGAGAACAAAUUGGCUCAUAUUUUGGAGCGUCUCUGAGUCUGUUGGAUGUGGACUCUGAUGGAGACUCAGAUUUCCUGCUGGUCGGAGCUCCAUUAUUUUACCAGUCUCAGCCGAGGGCUGAAGGGAGGCUAUAUGUCUACACUUUAUCAGAACAGAAGUAUUUUCAGAAGACACUGAAUGUGAGCCAGUCAAGCACAGGUAGAUUUGCUACAUCUGUGGCUUCACUAAAGGACCUGAAUGGAGACAGUCUGUCAGAUGUGGCAGUUGGGGCACCGCUGGAGAAUGAAGGAGUUGUCUACAUCUACCUGGGUGAUGGGACGCAUGGCAUAAACCCUGAACAUACUCCUCAGCGGAUCCCAGCGCUGUCAGUUCUGCCUGGUCUGCAGCAGUUUGGACUAUCUCUGUUUGGUCAGAUGGACAUGAACAAUGAUAAUCUUACAGAUAUCAUGAUUGGAGCACAAGGAGGGAUCGUCCUGCUCAAGGCUCGGCCUGUGAUGUCUGUAUCUGCACAGCUCAGUUUCAGUCCAAAGGAAAUCAGUCUGAACUACUUUGAAUGUCCAGGUGUAAACACAUUUAAUGCAUUUAAUCUCACGUCAUGUUUCAAGGUGACAGAGAGGACCAGCAGCACAGGAUCUCUGGAGAAGAAGAUGAAUGUUUCUCUGAAUCUGAAUGUGGAUGUGGUACGAGGAAUGAGUCGAGGAUUCUUCGAUCAGAGCAAUGUGUCGUCCAGGACUCUGCAGCAGUUUAUCCUGCUGGAUUCUGAGUCCUCCUGUUUUAACUUCCCCAUCUUCAUGCUGCACUGUGUUGCAGACACAGUAUCUCCUCUGAAGAUACGAAUUAAUUUCUCACAAACUGAGAUGUUGUCUGGAAACUCUGUGGCUGUUUUUGACGUUCACAGCAGGACUGAGGAGUAUGUCGAGGUGCCGUUUCAAAUGAACUGUGAUUCAAACAACAGCUGUGUGGCCGAUCUGAAGCUGAACUUCAGUUUUACGAACGACACGUUAGUGAUGGUGAAUCAAGCUCAUUUCACGGUCCUCAUUUUGCUGGCAAACCCAGGCGAUGACUCCUUCAACACCAGCAUAGUGCUGCAUUACCCAGAAGGCCUCUCGCUCGCUAAAUUUGAUGCUAUUAAGAGUCGGACUCGAAGCAGCUGUGGUGAUCGGGACAGUGGUGUUACGAACAGAACAACCUGCACCAUUAAUCUACCAGUGUACUACAGUGGCACCACAACUCAGUUUCUGGCAACUUUCCGUGUGACGAAAUGUGAACACGACUGGUCUGACAGGAUGGAGAUGAUGAUCACUGCAUACAGUGAUAACAAUGGUAACAUGAGUGAUACGGUGGUGAGGAAGAGUGUCCCGGUGCAGUUCUCCGUUGAUCUGGCGAUCAGUCUAGUGGCUGAAGACUCUGUGACGUAUCUGAACUUCUCUCUGGAGGACAGAGGUCCAAAACCUCUCAACAUCAACUACAGGGUGGAGAAUCUGGGUUUUAAAGGUCUGCCAGUGUCGGUCAUGUUCACCCUGCUCUGUCAGACUACACAUGUGAUUUUAAGACCUCACAGCUUCAGCAUGCAUGAGGAUGGUCACUACGGGAAGUUUGAGUGUCCUCCGUUUUAUCUGAAGGAAUUUUCAGCAGUUCACUUUAACCUGACAGCAGACGCAGAACUCCAGAACGUGAAGGAAUACGAGAGCAAAUAUUCCUUCUACGAGUUCAGGAGGGAUUCUGUGUUCAACAUCACUGCUGAGCUCCACUACAACACAAAGCGCUACAAGCAGAAAUCUACCGGACUGGAGCAAUACAAUCUCCACAGAUCCCAGACUGCAGUGAAGGUGGAGUUUGUCGUUCCUCCCAGUCGAAUGCUGAUUGUUGGCACUGGUGUAGUGGGCGGGUUUAUCCUCCUCAUUAUCAUAUUGAUCCUUCUGCUGAAGCGUGGUUUUUUUACAGUAAAGCCCCACGAAGUGUAUGAAAAUAGGAUGGUGGUUCUCAUCAACUUCAGCACUAAAGAAAACUGAUGUCUAAGUCAGUGUUUUAAAGAAGGCCUCAAGAUUCUUUUUUAUGUUAAUGAUGUUUUAUUGGUCCAGAUUUAUGUCAAAGUUUUCUUCAUUUUCAGUGUGUUCAGUAUGUUUACUUUAAGGAUGUUAAGCGUGUGUUGCAAUGGCUUUUCUACUU